CCACAAAUGAUGUAUAUAGUUAAACAGGCUGAUAUUUCUAAAUAAUCUAACAUGAUAAUAAUAAUCGCUUCCACAAAAUAAUCGUUCCAUAAGAUCUGUUGUUUUUUUUUUUUUCAUAUAAUACAAGGCAUUAUCUUAUCAUCGUAAAUAUUGCCUAAUGUUACCAUACACUUUAUUUUCGUCACAACUGGAGAAUUAAGUCUUAAUUAGAAUUAUAGAAAUAGUCUCAUCUCAUAAAUCUUGAUCAUCUUUCUGAUAUUUCUCAUAGAAAUAGUCUUAAAUAAAAAUAAAUAAGUACUGCCACCAUAUGUAUACUGAAAUUGCAUCUAACGGCUGGAAUUGCUAAACAGGAAGGAGAUUAACCUAAUUAAGUAACUCUAAUCUAAAGGAAAUGAUUUGUGCAUGUGGGCCUUUUUCUUUUAAUGAUUUAAUCCCUUGGCUACUUGCGUAAACUCCUCUCCUACGGGAGUGGAGUACCAAACCACCAAGGCUAGAGACUAGAAGCUCGUGUGUUUUGCCAUCUGCGUUACAAUUAGAGGGUUCAUAUGAGUCGAGUUAUUUGUAUAGAUUUUAUGAGUCUGACUUUAUCAGAGUUAAGUUUAGGUAUAAAUUUUGAAUUAGAUGGGAACCAUGGCAAGGACACGGCCACGAGUUCUUCCAUCCUGGGCUGCUGUCUCCUGCAAUUCGAACUUUCAAGUGAAGUGUUUUUCUAGUUCUCCUUUUAUUUGUUUUUUUUUUUUUUUUACGAAGAAACUUUCAUGUAAGUUACUGGAUGAGAUGGCAUGGAGAUGAAACAGUGUAUUUCCUCAUGGUCAAAAAAUAAAUGAAUUAUGAAAUGUGGAAGAGGCAGGCAUUUAAUGCAAAUGACGAGGCAGACAAAAACAGAGUAACUGAUCCAUAAAAAAUAAGUAAAGUAGUAGAAAAAAACAGAAGGAUGAGGAGGGGCACAAACGAAAAGCAGACUGGUGGAUUGAACGAAGAUGAGACGUUUGGCGCCAGCAGGAAACGUGUUAUGGAUUUCGGUGCCCUUCUUUGCCGCGUGCGCUUCCUUCCUUUGCUUUGCUAAUUCCAUUGCCUUUUAUCCCACUUAUUUCCACACUCCAAAUUGCAUUAUCCGAAGUCCAAACUCAGCCUUGAAAUUAUUGUCUUUUGGGCCGAUCGUGACUCUCGUGCCCGCCCUGACCCCAAGUCCCUUUCAGCUCAAAAAACAUGCAUUUGUGGCGUAAGAUAAGGAGGGUUUGGCUCUCUGUUUCUGGCAGGCUCAAACCCCAUAAACCCACCGGUGGCCAAGGUGGUGCAAGCGGUUUAUUAAAGCUUCAAGAUGAUGUAAAGACGUGUGGAUAUAAAGACGUGCAGGUGAUGUGGAACUUAUUGAAUACAUCACAAAUAAAACAAAUAGGAGCAGCAGCAGCCACAACAGCAGUGUCUCAAUCUCGCAAAUGCAGCAAGCAAAGGCCUUCUUGGAUGGCUUUCUUUUGGCCCAACCAAAGAGCUACUCCCCCAUCUUCAUCUUCAUCUUGUUGGGUUAAAUCCAGUAAAACAGUAUACUAGCUAUAGAUAUACACUUAAAAUACAGCAAAUUGUAUACAAAUGUACGUUUGGUUUUGGUAGAAUUAAUUGUUCAUACAGCCAUAGAAAUGCCAAUAUCUAUCUUCCCUGUUAGUACUUUUUGUUCAUAUCACUUGAAACAGAUGGAAUUAACUCAAGCAUUCCAAGCUUCUCAGUUUUACCUAUCCCUGUCAUUACGUUCCCGUUUUGAUUUUCGAAACUCUGCAAAUACUUAAAUAUAAACCAUAUAGUAUAUUAUAAGUUUCUAUAACGCACGUCAAUGGAGGUUUAACAAGUACUCAUCAAACUGCUUUGAUGUAGAGAAUUUUGCCAUCUAUCCUCAUAAUAGCUAGUCUUCUGACAUACCUAUUCUAUUGGCAGUCAAUUAAUUUUUAUCUGUAAAUUCUCAAAAAAAAAAAAAA